AUGGCGGCGUCAAUGACCAAACCUCCUCCUGAAUUGACUGAUUCACAUUCCAUGAGCAGCGGCAGCAGCAGUAAUGGGGAUGACCUAUCCGACUUUGAGCAUGACCUGGACGUGAUUGAGGGCUGGACCACUGCCGACUUUGUAUCUGAGAACGACUUUGACAUGAUUGAAAUGUUAUCUGCAGCCUUGGAACAAGUGACACAUCAACUUAAUGACAAACAACGAGAAAUUCGGGCACGAUCGACUGAGUGGACUACCAAAACCAAAGAGAAGUUGAGGCGACAAACGGCACGAUUGGAGGAUCAGAAAACACGGCUCCAAGCACAAUUAUUGAAGAAAUACGAUGCGAUCGAAGUGAGGAUGAAUCGAGAUGCAAAGACCGUACGUCUUCGAGAUAAGAUCUCUUUUGUGGUGGGUGUCGGCAACGCGUGUGUAUCUCCGGCUUUGGCAGCUCGACUACCGACCUGGAUCCCAUUGUACUACACCAUUCAGUCGUUGUACUUGCUAUCAUUGCGUUACCUUAUUUACAAGGUGAAAAAGUGGCAUUACUUUAUCUUUGAUCUUUGUUACUUUGUCAAUGCCAUGACAUUGUUGUUCCUUUGGGUAUUCCCUGGAUCUCGUGCCAUGUUUAUUGCCACGUAUUGCUUGACGAAUGGACCAGUCGCAUGGGCGAUUGUCACAUGGCGAAAUUCACUCGUGUUUCAUUCAUUGGAUAAGAUUACCUCGGUUUUCAUCCACAUUUUCCCUCCUCUUGUCAUGUACACCAUCCGUUGGUUACCCGAACUCGAAUGUCAAUCGAGCAACUAUCGCGAUACCCGAUUUCCAGGAGUCACCAAUGACAUCACCAUGAGCUUCAAAGAAGCCAUGUUGCUAUCGACAAUAGCCUACUUGAUCUGGCAAGCGCUUUAUUUUGUGUUCAUUAUGGUGCGGAGAAGAGAAAAGGUGGAGUCGGGUCUACGCAUGACAUCCUAUUCAUGGCUACUUGAUGAUUCGCAUGGACGCAAAGGACUUAUCCAAAAGGCUGCCUUUGUAUUUGGCGCAAAGUACAAGCUAUACAUGUUCAUGCUACUGCAACUCGUUUACAACGUGGUCACCACCAUGCCCACCUAUUUCCUCUUUCAGCAUUUUUGGCUGCAUACCCUCUUUCUCAUCACCAUUUUCACAGCAAGUAUCUUUAACGGUGCCAGCUUUUAUAUUGAAGUCUUCUCAAGGCGUUACGCUCUCGAAGUUGAAAAACUGGUUGAACGAUCAAAAUCUGGCAAGCAGGAUAUGGACAAAUCAAAGACAGCAUAG